AUGUCGCAACCUGCCUCUUCGAGUGCCUCGGCACCGCCGCCAGAAAAGGCGCAUGCUGACAAUGUCUCUAAGGAUGAUGCAGGACUUCCGCAGCCGGCUGUGCAGCAGCGUGCGGCGAACAAGCGCAUGCUGCAUCCAUCGGUGAUCAUUGCUAUUUGGAUCGCUUUCAGCAGCGGUGUCAUUGUAUACAACAAAUACCUUCUGGUGAAUCUCAAUUUCCCGUACCCUGUGUUCCUGACUACCUUCCAUAUGGCCUUUGCCGCGGUCGGCACGCGUUUGCUGGCGCGCUACACUACGAUGCUCAAGGGUCUGUCGAAUGUUGAGAUGACGAUGGAGCGGUGGUACCGCAACAUUUUGCCUAUUGGUGCCCUGUUCUCUGCGAGUCUGAUUCUUAGCAACAUUGCAUACCUGCACCUGAGUGUGCCGUUCAUCCAGAUGCUCAAGGCGUUCACGCCGGUCGCCGUGCUCAUCAUUUCGUUCUCGUUUGGUCUGAAGCAGAUGUCGACGACGCUCACCGCGAUUGUCAUGAUGAUUUCGUUCGGUGUGGCGAUGGCCUCGUAUGGUGAGCUGGAGUUCAACAUGACAGGCUUUGUAUACCAGGUGCUGGCCAUUGCGUUCGAGAGUACGCGUCUUGUGAUGGUGCAAGUGCUUCUGCAAGGCCUGAAAAUGGACCCGCUUGUGAGUCUGUACUACUUCUCGCCCGUGUGCGCGGCCUUCAACAUGGUGGUGCUGCCGUUCAGCGAGGGUCUGGCGCCUUUCCGUGCGCUUGCGAGUCUUGGUCCGUUGGUUCUGCUGAGCAAUGCCGGCGUGGCCUUUGGUCUGAAUAUCGCGUCCGUGUUCCUCAUCGGCGCCGCGUCCUCCCUCACACUUACCUUGGCCGGUGUGCUGAAGGACAUUCUCCUCAUUCUUGGCUCCAUGUGGCUGCUGGGCAGCACCGUUACGGGUCUCCAGUUUGUCGGGUAUGGUAUUGCGCUCGGUGGUCUUGUGCUCUUCAAGACGCACAAGGGCUAA